UCAGUCCAGCAGUCUCGGUGGAGGCGCCCCACCAGCGACAUGAGUCUGCUGAGGGAGCCCAAAGCGCUCACUGUAGUGACUGGGAGUGAUUAGAGAUUUUGGUGCUGGCAGGAGAGGGAGAAAAAGAUUUCGUUAUUUCGUGGUCGAAGGAUCAGGAACAGGAACUGCUUGUUGUCAGCAGUGGAGUAGUAAUCAUGCUGCUGCUUCCCUCCCAUAGUCUAGGUAAGCAGGAGGCUUCGCUGAGAAGGCUGUGUAUGAUGUCGUUUCUCGUUGUGAGUCUCGGUUUGCGAGAGGCUCAGGGUCAUGAAAUCUUCGGCAGUACUGCUAUGGAUUUCCUGAAAGGCCUCCCCGAAGUGGGACGCGCUCUGAAGAACACCCUUCAGGCGGCCCUGGCGCCUAUUUUUCAGCCUCGAGGUGCCACGGCCCAAAGCAGAGCUGGCACAGCUGGAGAUGGAUCACAUACUUAUUGCUACGGAGAAUUGGGAUGCAUCGCUAUGAGCAGGGACUUCUACCACCCCAUUCACAGGCCAAUAAACUUAGCUCCAGGGAAAAGGGAAGACGUCAGAGUUACCUUCACGAUCAAAUCAAAGGAAGAUCCCGUAGGAGUUGCUGUACCUUGGAAUGAUGUCAGGAAGGCCAAGGAGUCGUCGUUUAAGCCCAGCAGGAAAACGAAAGUUAUUAUUCACGGCUUUAUGAACGGCAGGGACAUGCCCUUCAUGGAGGAUAUGUCAAAGGCCUUCUUGAGCAAUUACGACGUCAACAUAAUAUGGAUAGACUGGACGGAUGGGUCCCUAGUCCUUUACAACAGAGCUGUAGCGAACUCGCUUCUUGUCAGUCUGGAAAUUACUCACUUUUUGAAAUGGCUCCGGGACAAUAUGGGUCUUAAUCCGGCAGAUAUUCAUCUCAUUGGUCAUUCCCUAGGGUCCCACAUAGCAGGAUAUGUAGGAGAGAAGAUUCCUGGUCUGGGUAGAAUCACGGGCCUGGAUCCUGCAGAGCCUUUCUUCCAGCACCUUCCGAGUACAGUUCGUCUGGACCCAUCUGAUGCCAAUUUUGUGGACGUCAUUCAUACUGAUUCGGACUCCAUCUUUAACAUUGGUCAAGGUUUUGGUCUGCGACAGCCAGUUGGUCACGUAGAUUUUUACCCAAAUGACGGUAAGCGGCAACCCGGAUGUGAAGCCCCGUUGGCUGUUCCGUUCAGGCGGAUGUCCAGGAAAACGAGUCUCAAAAAUGUCUGGAACGCAGUUGAGAAUAUGAUUGGCUGCAACCAUAAGAGGGCGGUGGAAUUGUUUACGGACUCAAUUAAAUCCCAGUGUCCUUACAUGGCUUUCCACUGCGACUCCUAUGAAGAUUACAUGUCGGGCAAGUGUCUUUCGUGCGGUGUCGAUGGCACUGGCUGCGCUCUUAUGGGUCUUCACGCCGAUACCUGGCGCGGAGCAGGUACAGGAAAGGAACUAGUUCAGCUUUUCACCUCGGCCGGGACUGCGCCUAAUUUCUGCAGGUACCAUUACCAGAUUGUCGUAGAACUGGGAGACUUGCCAGGUACUGAAAGGGAUAGACUGGGUAAACUCUAUACAACCUUCAUUGAUGGAGAUGGAAGGAAAAUGACGUUUGAUCUCACUUCAAAGCAUCCGAAGCAGUUUACCUCCAGGAGCCACCACAGCUUCUUCGUCGAAAACGAAGAAAACUUCGGAGACGUCAGAGAAGUUGAGGUGAAGUGGGCAAUGGAGCGUCGUGGAUCCCAGUCGACGCAGACCAGCUUGUCCCUUCAGAAACUGGCCAUUCGUAAUGUCGACACUUACCCACUCAAGGAGAGCGUCAGUCGGCAAGGCAGAAGCGAGAGCACGUUCUUCUUUUGCGAAAAAUACGGCGCCCCGGUCAUGAUCGCCGACCAAGAAACCGUGACGCUUAAAGCCUCUUCCAGUUGCUUCGGGAGUGGUUGAAGAAAAAUGUUCGUUUCCUUUGUGUAUGACUUCCAUCUCCUCCCUUUGAAACCACCUCUAUACUUACAAAACUGUGAUGUAAUUCAUAAGUGUUAUCUUAAGUACAGUUCAGCCAAGUCAAAGGACAAAAAAAAUGUAACAUGUCCAGAUGGUUAGACUAAUUAAUAUAACGAAGCCCGUUGAUUAGACUGCUUGAUUCUGUCGAAUUCAACAAUUCAGACGACUGUAUUCAAAAUGGCUGAAUUAUGCUUAAUAAUAAUUCAGUAUCGGACCCUGAGGGCAUUAUUUUUAAAACGUGAUGUUUUAUGUACAUAUCAUAGUUAUUUCACUGUCAUUAGUUUUACUACCAUUUCAUAGUUUUCAUUUCUGUCAUCACUGUAAAUAACAUCAAUGAUUAGCAGAUCUCGUACAGAUUUCCCACCCCAUCUUCCCCCUCAGGUUGAUGGAACUUUGCUGAAUGAGUCUGAAACUGUAACUAUUCUAGGUGUAACUUUUAGCUCACAUCUAACUUUUGAGAAACUUCUGAUGAAAGUUUCAGGAAAUGCCACACAAAAGUUAGGUAUUGUUCGUAAGGUAAUAUAUUUAUAAAUGAUAAAUUCAUUGCAACCUAUUUUAGGUCAUUUGUACUUCUUUCAAUACAAUGCCGUUCUCUGGUGUGGAUGUCUGCUUCUGUCAGAGAUUUAUCUCAUUUAGAGAGAGCGGUCCAUGGUGGUAGGUUUCUGUUUAGAAAUAAUAGCGUUAUAAUAGAUUCACAUCAACCGUUCAAUUGAUGUCUAGGUCAGUCCCUUACGACACUCCUGAUUGGCUGUUUAUAAGCCAAUCCCAGGGCUGGAAACCCCCAGUCUCUCUCGAGGGUUCACAUAGGCAGGAUGUAUGUUCCACGUCUUCUGAGGGAUACGUCUUUCAAAAGUAUCCCUCAGUAGAGGUGGAACGUACGUCCUUCUUAUGUGAACUCUCUCGAGAGACUGAGAGUUUCCAGCCCUGUGACUGGCUUAUCAACAGCCAAUGAUAAGCGUCGUAAGAGACUGACCUAGACAGAUGCACGGUUGAUGUGAAUCUACCAUAGGAUUAGGACCAUCGAUGGAUGAUCUCUUGUUUGUCACUUUAUUUCAAGAGAAAUCUUUCCUAUUCACAACUCCCUGAUCCCCUUUACCUUCCGAGAGCAGCCAGAUUUGUGGAAGCAGCACCAAUCAAUUUGCAGUGAAGUGUCUCGCUGUCGAACUACUCAGUCCCAGAGGUCCUUUAUUCCUCACACCAUUGGACUGUGUAUUAGUCUCACUAAGGAAGUCGUGCAGUUGGGACUUCAGAAGUUCAUGCGAAAAUGCAAUGUAUUACUACCCUAAUACUGUUCUUCUUGCAUUUUAAUCCAUUUUUAUCUACCGUAUUUAUUUAUUUAUUCAUUUAUUUAUUUCUUCUUUAAUAAGUUAGAUCUCUUCUUUCUGUAUUUCCCUUUACGUCCUCUUGCUUCUUCCUAAUUAACACCAUAUUGGAAGCUUGAAUUUCGAGUCAAUAGGCCCUGUGGGCUUGUUCCAUACAAAU